AAAGGACACCCGGCAUUUUGUGCCAAAGUUGUAUACUUAUUUAAUUUUUUUAUCUGUGUUUCAUAAUUGGGUAACGUAGUCUGGCAAUAUUUGUCAUCAGCAGCUAGCUGUCAAUGUCAAAUACGUAGGUUUGUCAAUAUAACCUCUAUAUGUAGCCGGGUCGUCAAGAGAAAUAACGGAUAAAAAGGCAAUCACAGCAGAGAACAUUCACAAUCACAGUUCGCGGGAGUGGAUGCGAAAUGCGAAUGAUUUUUUUGUUUGUAUUUUAGGAUUGUCAAAUUGACAUUUGGUUUUUUAUUUAGAAAAAGCAAAGGAAUCAUGGUUUUUACAGUCACUUGAGUAAUAUUUUGAAGUAAGAUUCUGUCCCUUGAAGAUUUAGGGUUUCCAUAUCAAAAAAUAUUAAUCAUUAUAUAACUUCUUUCCACGAUUCACUAAAAAUAAGGCAAAAGUAGUUUUAUUUAGCAAAUAAUUUUGGCUUUAUUUUGAGACCAAAUUCAAUCGUAUACAAGUUUAGCAUUUUUUCUAUGAAAAGUGCCGGGUCUCCUUUACACACAUUACAUAAAUAUGAGUUUAGUAACGCAGUCGACUCUCGUGGUUACUCCUUAGACUUCAAUGCUUGAUCUAUAAACAAAAUAAAAAAAAAAUCUACUCAAAUUGGCACCUAAUGUUAACUUCCAAUUUCUCUACAAUAAUGUCAUAGUUAUUUAAAACAAGGUAAGUACAGUUAAUUCUCAUACUAGUCUAAAAUCAAAAUACCAUUGACACAAGAAAAAAAACCAUACCAGACACCACAUACGUCACAAGCCCAACGUAAGAUCACCCAGCGCUUACCCAUAACGCCACGCUGAUUCACACUGUAUAUGGCCAUCAGGCAUUUAUAAAUCGCCCAAGUGACGCAACGUAUCAUUGAAUAGCUAGCAACGAACGUAAACAGUCCACCCAGCGUAAACGAAAAUGGCGUCCGCACUCAAACCUAUAACUACAAUCCUGAACAUCAUCCAGACCUUGCUGAGUGUCGUCUUAGCCGGCGUAUCAAUCUGGUUCUUCAUCGAGCUCAAGAACUUAACGGACAUGAGGAGCCGCGACAAAGACCGCCUGGACUUCAAAUUUUAUUGGCCCCAAUGGCUCCCGUGGCUGAUCCUCGUCAUAUGUGUGAUCGUGAUGUGUGUUUCCUUGUGCGGUUAUUACGGCGUCUGCAGCGGCAGAAAAGAUGCCCUUGUGACUUACGUAACUUUCUUGUCCAUCGUGACGGUAGCCGCUUUCGCCGUUGGAAUCUUGGGACUGGUCUGCGGCGACACCAAGUCCUCCGACGACUUCGUGACUAAAGCCGUCCAGGACGCUCAUAACCAGUUGUCGAACAGGCAGGAUGUGCUGAUGGCCUUCAGCUCCAUCGAGAGCAGAUUGAGAUGUUGCGGUGUAACUGGUGCUUCUGAUUACACGAAAAUGAAGAUCCCCGACUCCUGCUGCGAUAGAUCCGAACUCGUGGAUUGUGAGACUUCCGCCAGUAGACGAUUGGGAUGCGUUGAAGUGAUCGUGCCUUAUUCAAGGAUGUUUGUCAGAUACACAUCUAUUGGCACCAUAAUAAUUGGUGUCGUUUGUCUGGCAAGUUUAAUCGUAGCACUUUUCCUUGUCCGAUCAAGUAGGAGUAAAAAGGAUAGAUUAAAAUCGGAAGCUGAGAAAGAACCGCUGAAAUUACCUUUAUAAUUGUUUAGGUUUCGUAGAGUAUGUGUUCCAAUUCGUUUUGAUGUCAUUCUAUUUAAUUGAUGAAUGUUAUGUUGUACAAAUUGUAAAUAUUUGAGCGUCCGUGUUAGCAGUUGGUUGUAAUUGAGAAUUAUUGUGUGUGCGUGUGUUUAUGUGUUACAAGUUGCGUAAUGUAUCCGUUCUCAUUAAAUAAUAGUGAUAUAUAGGGCAUUUAAUUCUUGUUUGCAUGUUAUUAUUUAUGUAAGGUAAAUAUUAAUAUUGCAUUUACAGCUGUUCAGGAGUAUUGUAACAGUUUUUUGUUUUUCUCAUACCAAAAAGUAUUUUAUGUCUAAAUAAAACUAGGUUUAGCGAAUUAAACAACUGUGAAUCUAUGUAUUAUUGUUUUAAGCAUACCUUAUAAGAAGUCCUCGAAAAUUUACAAGAUUUAAUGUAACAGUUACGUGAUUCAUGCAUUGUUAGUUGUUUAAUAUUAAUUUUGAUACUUAUUGGAGUUAAAACUUUUAUUAAUAAGUUAAUUUAUUUAUAUAUUUACAAAACUUUGCAAAUAACACAAUAAAAAUAAUCAGAAUAUUUUGAUAGUUUAAUUCUACUGUUUUCUGUCAUUUAGUCCAAUCCAUAAAAAACAUGUCAAUUAUAUGACAUAAAACAAUGAGUUCCUACUAUAAAUUAUGGAACACAUUAAUUUCUAAUUAAUCAAUAUUUUCCUAUAUUAUAUAAUAUAUGUAUUAAAUCAUUUAAUAUAUUUUAAUUUAAUAAAAUCAAGUGAUCAAUUCAGGUAAACACUAUUUGUAGGUACAUAUCGGUUUUAUCUCAUUAAUAGAAACGAAAUUUUGGAUUGCCUCAGGGUCCAAUACUAGGUCUUUUAUUAUUUUAAAUCAAAGUAAAUUAUAACUCUAUAAAUAUGAGUUUUCUUGUAACAUUUACUAUCUGCCUAGAAUUCGGUAUAUCUUUAUUUAUUUCUAAUAAAAAUAACUCUUGAUCUAUUAGGAUUCCGAAUAGAAGUAAGUGGGCACUAAUUUGUUUAAAAAAGUUACUGAAGUGAAGCUAACAUUUGUUUACGAAGAUUAUUUUUUUGACAUUGACUUUGACUCCAUGCACAAAAUACUUCAGUUCGUUCUGUGAUGCAUUCAACUGAUUCAGGCAACAAUAACGAAUCACAUAACAAUUGACUUUAAAAUGUUAAAGGUUAAAUACGCCGCCAUUUUAUGUUCCGGAAUGUAAGUUUCGCCGUUGUUUGUGUAUGACACGAAAAUGUUUGUACAAACUUCAUUGAUGGACUUGUAACAUAGAGCAAAUUUCUUUUUAGUGGUAUUUUGGAAUUGAAUUGCCAUUUCAAGAUUUCAAUACAAAAAUAAUGAUUUAUUUAUAGUAAAUUUUCUUACAUACAAACUCUUUCCUCAAAAUUAUGCACACAACCAAAAAAAAAACUGCAAAAAAAUUGUAUUUUAUUUAGUAAGAAGAGUCUGUGCGGAAAGAGAAUGGGUGUGGUGAAAAACGGAACUAACCUUGAGAUUUUUAUUUGGCAAUCAAACCCAGCAAUCUCUAAAACGUCAAAGAUUUGUAUUGAUACGGAUUUGUUUGUUGUUGUGAUUUCUUGCGGUUUUUUGUAUUCAAUCAUGUCUAAAAGGGGUAAAACCUUACAAAUACGGUAGAAAAGCACUACAGCGCCCUCCAAUCUAAAUCCCAUUCGCUUUCCGCACAGACUACCUAACUUUUAUCUCGAAUUCAACUGCGUAUUUCCAAAAAUAUAGUUAAACUAAAAUUCAUUCAUUUUCGACGGUUUUUGUAUCACCUUAUGUUAUAGGUCGGCUAUGGCUAUAGCUUGGUAGGGUUUUUUUAAGAUAGUUUUUAACACACACAAGCAAAGUACCUCUACUUUUUAAUAUUAAAAAAAGACAAUAUUUUGACCAUGGAACCUAACUGGAAUAGAAAUUAAUCUGCUACCUCGCGUAUAAUAUCACUGUAACUAACAAGGGCGGAUCCAGCUUUGGCAGAAGGGGGGGGGUCAUAUAGUCGUGGUCACAGGUCGUGGUCAAGUCACAGUGGGUACAGAUGGACCCAGCCCGGGGGGGGGGGGGGGGGUCAUCACCCCCAUGACCCCCCCUCUGGAUCCGCCCUUGGUAACUAAGUGGGUGAUGUUUGCAUUUUGUGACUAGAAUGUCCGGACUUUUAUCGUAAUUUUAUUUUAUUUUUAUUUUAUUUUAUUUUAUUAGGGACAACAAACAGUUGUACAAUAUAUGUUUAGUGAAAGGCUUACAAUUAUGUUAUACUUAUUGUACAACCAACAACAUUAUCCACAGAUUAAUACUAGGAUUGUUUUGUUUUAUAUAUAUUUCUAUUAUUCUUUUUCUAUACUAAAAGAAAAAUAUUAAAUGUCCGGUUUUUUGUCAGGACUUUUCAAAUAUUUUAAUUUGUCCGGUUUUAUUUAAUUAGAUGGAAUAUGAGUCAAACUAAUUAUUAACUUACAUCAAAUCAGUCAAAUAAUCUUUAUUAAGUUCUCAUUAAUUUAAAACAAAAUAUUAUAUUUUAUAUUUAAAUCCUUUAAAAAUCCACAACGAGACCUCCCUCUUUGCAUUUUGUGACUAAAAUGUCCGGUUUUUAAUCGAAUCGACUUUUCAAAUUUUUAAAUAGUAACCCUAGCCGUUAAAUUUUUAAAUAGUAACCAGAGUUAUCGACAUAGCCCACCGGAUUGGCAAGUUGAAGUGGCAGUGGGCUGGCCAUAUUUGUCAAAGAACCGAUAACCGUUGGGGUAGACGAGUUCCGGAGUGGAGACCGCGUCUAGGCAAACGUAGUGUAGGACGUCCUCAGGCACGAUGGAGUGACGAUUUGCGCAAGGUGGCUGGCAGGAGCUGGAUGCGAGUAGCCCAAGAUCGAUCUAAGUGGCGUGCAUUUGGAGAGGCCUAUGUCCAGCAGUGGACUAUGAUAGGCUGUUGAUGAUGAUGAUUGAUGAACCCUAGCCGUGACCCAACCCUUACUAGUGUUAUUUUCUGUGUUCUUCUGUAAGGUGGAGAUUACUUCCCCAGACCGGCGAUUCAAUUCGAGCGGAAAGUCCGCUGUACCCUUAAAAUAUACAUACACAAUACUGGAACAUUCCUAGUCACCGAUUAACAUCCCAAUAGGGUACAAAAUAUGCUUCUAUUUAAUUGUUGUAGUAAUUAAACCUAAAUUAUUGUCUGGACUUGCUGAUAUUGUCCUUAUGAAUGUGUUUUUUAGAAUAUAAUAAUUGUGAGGUGGUGGCAGAAUACCAGCGACAAGUCAAAACUUGACUGUCACAUGCUGAGUCACAUACCAUUUUGUUUUAAUUAAAAUUUACUGUCAUUCUAUUUGUGUAUUGUACCAAUUGUAUGUUG